AUGGAGCCCGGCCGCGGCGGCAUGGAGACCGUGGGCAAGUUCGAGUUCUCGCGCAAGGACCUGAUCGGGCACGGCGCCUUCGCGGUGGUCUUCAAAGGGCGCCACCGCGAGAAGCACGACCUGGAGGUCGCGGUCAAGUGCAUUAACAAGAAGAACCUGGCCAAGUCCCAGACGCUGCUGGGGAAGGAAAUCAAGAUCCUCAAGGAACUGAAACAUGAAAACAUCGUGGCUCUGUACGACUUCCAGGAAAUGGCCAAUUCUGUCUACCUGGUCAUGGAGUAUUGCAACGGCGGGGACCUGGCCGACUACCUGCACACCAUGCGCACGCUGAGCGAGGACACCAUCCGGCUCUUCCUGCAGCAGAUCGCGGGCGCCAUGCGGCUGCUGCACAGCAAGGGCAUCAUCCACCGCGACCUGAAGCCCCAGAACAUCCUGCUGUCCAACCCCGGCGGCCGCCGCGCCAGCCCCAACAACAUCCGCGUCAAGAUCGCCGACUUCGGCUUCGCCCGCUACCUGCAGAGCAACAUGAUGGCCGCCACGCUCUGCGGCUCCCCCAUGUACAUGGCCCCCGAGGUCAUCAUGUCGCAGCACUACGACGGGAAGGCGGACCUGUGGAGCAUCGGCACCAUCGUGUACCAGUGCCUGACCGGGAAGGCGCCCUUCCAGGCCAGCAGCCCCCAGGACCUGCGCCUCUUCUACGAGAAGAACAAGACCCUGGUGCCCAUCAUCCCCCGGGAGACCUCGGCCCCCCUGAGGCAGCUGCUGCUGGCCCUGCUGCAGCGCAACCACAAGGACCGGAUGGACUUCGAUGAGUUUUUCCGUCACCCUUUCCUCGAUGCCAGCGCUUCAGUGAAGAAGUCUCCGCCCGUGCCGGUGCCCUCCUACCCGAGCUCCGGCUCUGGCAGCAGCUCCGGCAGCAGCUCCACCUCCCACCUGGCCUCCCCCCCGUCGCUGGGCGAGAUGCAGCAGCUGCAGAAGACGCUCAUCUCCCCGGCCGAGGCCGCCGGCUUCCUGCAGGGCUCCCGCGACUCGGGCGGCAGCAGCAAGGACUCGUCCUGCGACACGGACGACUUCGUCAUGGUCCCGGCCCAGCUCCCAGGUGACCUGGUGGCCGAGGCGGCCGGCGGCAAGCCGCCCCCGGACAGCCUGAUGUGCAGCGGGAGCUCCCUGGUGGCUUCGGCGGGCCUGGAGAGCCACGGCCGCACCCCGUCUCCGUCCCCGCCCUGCAGCGGCUCCCCCAGCCCCUCGGGCCGGCCCGGCCCCUUCUCCGGCAGCAGGUGCGGGGCGGCGGCGCCCAUCCCCGUGCCCACGCAGGUGCAGAACUACCAGCGCAUUGAGCAGAACCUGCAGUCCCCGGCCCAGCUCCAGGCCCCACGGUCCUCCACUAUCCGCAGGUCGGGCAGCACCAGCCCCCGGGGCUUCGCCCGGGCCAGCCCGUCACCCCCGUCCCACGUGGAGCACGGAGCCGCCCUGGCCAGGAAGCUGUCCCUGGGCGGAGGCCGGCCCUAUACACCGUCCCCACAAGUUGGAACCAUCCCGGAGCGGCUGGGAUGGAGCGGGGUGCCCUCCCCCCAAGGAGCCGAGAUGCGGGGCGGCAGGUCCCCUCGUCCAGGCUCCUCGGCGCCCGAGCACUCGCCCCGCACCGUGGGGCUGGGCUGCCGCCUGCACAGCGCCCCCAACCUGUCCGACCUGCACCUCGUCCACUCCAACCUGCCCAAGCCGCCCACCGACCCGCUGGGGGCCAUGCUCGGCCACCCGCAGGCCAGCCCCCCCCAGCCGGCCCACGGGCUCCAGUCCUGCCGGCCCCUGCGUGGCUCCCCGAAGCUGCCGGACUUCCUGCAGCGGAACCCCCUGCCCCCCAUCCUGGGCUCCCCCACCAAGGCCAUGCCCGCCUUCGACUUCCCCAAGACGCCCAGCUCCCAGAACCUGCUGGCCCUGCUGGCGCGGCAGGGCGUGGUGGUGGCGCCGCCGCGGAACCGCACGCUGCCCGACCUCUCGGAGGCCGGCCCCCUCCCGGCGCAGCCGCUGGGCCCGGGCCUGCGGCCGGCGGAGGACGCCAAGGGCCCCUUCGGCAGGUCCCUCAGCACCGGCCGCCUCACCGACCUGCUCCUGAAGGCCGCGUUCGGGGCGCAGGCCCCCGACUCAGGCAGCUCGGACAGCCUGCACGAGAAGCCCAUGGAGAUCGCGCCCUCUGCUGGCUUUGGAGGGAACCUGCAGCCGGGCGCCCGUGCUGGGGGGGCCCGCAGCCCCUCUCCCGUGGUGUUCACGGUGGGCUCGCCCCCGAGCGGGGCCACCCCGCCCCAGGGCCUGCGCGCCAGGAUGUUCUCAGUGGGCUCCUCCAGCUCCCUCAGCUCCGCCGGCUCCGCCUCCGCCCGCCCCCUGGCCGCCGGGGCCUGCAGCGAGGCCGCCCCCGAGGCCCUGGCCCCCGGCCACUGCUGCGGCUUCGCCGACACCGUCACCGCCAACCUGGAGGGGGCCGUGCCCUUCGAGGCCCCCGACCUCCCCGAGGAGACGCUCAUGGAGCAAGAGCACACGGAGAUCCUGCACAGCCUGCGCUUCACGCUGGCCUUCGUCCAGCUCGUCCUGGAGAUCGCCACCCUCAAGGGCAGCGCCAGCGAGGCGGCCGGCGGCCCCGAGCACGAGCUGCAGGAGAGCGUGGUGGCCGACCAGAUCAGCCUGCUGAGCCGCGAGUGGGGCUUCGCGGAGCAGCUGGUGCUGUACCUGAAGGUGGCCGAGCUGCUGUCCGCCGGCCUGCAGACCGCCAUCGACCAGAUCCGCGCCGGCAAGCUCUGCCUGUCGUCCACCGUGAAGCAGGUGGUGCGGAGGCUGAACGAGCUGUACAAGGACAGCGUGCUGGCCUGCCAGGGCCUGAGCCAGCGGCUGCAGCGCUUCUUCCUGGACAAGCAGCGGCUGCUGGACCGCAUCCAGAGCGUGUCUGCCGAGAAGCUCAUCUUCAGCCACGCCGUGCACACGGUGCAGUCGGCCGCCCUGGACGAGAUGUUCCACCGCCGGGAGGACUGUGUGCAGCGCUACCACAAGGCCCUGCUGCUCAUGGAGGGGCUGCGGCAGCUGCUGGCGGACCCCGCCGACGUGGAGAACAUCGCCAAGUGCAAGCUGUGCAUCGAGCGGAGGCUCUCGGCCCUGCUGACCGGGCCCUGCUGA